AGAGAGAGAGAGAGAGAGAGAGAGAGAGAGAGAGAGAGAGAGAGAGAGAGAGAGAGAGAGAGAGAGAGAGAGAGAGAGAGAGAGACGGAAAGAGAGAGAGAGAGAGAAAGAGAGAGAGAGAGACGGAAAGAGAGAGAGAGAGACGGAAAGAGAGAGAGAGAGAGAGAGAGAGAGAGAGAGAGAGAGAGAGAGAGAGAGAGAGAGAGAGAGAGAGAGAGAGAGAGAGAGAGAGAGAGAGAGAGAGAGAGAGAGAGAGAGAGAGAGAGAGAGAGAGAGAGAGAGAGAGAGAGAGAGAGAGAGAGAGAGAGAGAGAGAGAGAGAGAGAGAGAGAGAGAGAGAGAGACGGAGAGAGAGACGAGAGAGAGAGAGAGAGAGAGAGAGAGAGAGAGAGAGAGAGAGAGAGAGAGAGAGAGAGAGAGAGAGAGAGAGAGAGAGACGGAGAGAGAGAGAGAGAGAGACGGAGAGAGAGAGAGAGACGGAGAGAGAGAGAGAGAGAGAGAGAGAGAGAGAGAGAGAGAGAGAGAGAGAGAGAGAGAGAGAGAGAGAGAGAGAGAGAGAGAGAGAGAGAGAGAGAGAGAGAGAGAGAGACGGAGAGAGAGACGGAGAGAGAGAGAGAGAGAGAGAGAGAGAGAGAGAGAGAGAGAGAGAGAGAGAGAGAGAGAGAGAGAGAGAGAGAGAGAGAGAGAGAGACGGAGAGAGAGAGAGAGAGACGGAGAGAGAGAGAGAGAGAGAGAGAGAGAGAGAGAGAGAGAGAGAGAGAGAGAGAGAGAGAGAGAGAGAGAGAGAGAGAGAGAGAGAGAGAGAGAGAGAGAGAGAGAGAGAGAGAGAGAGAGAGAGAGAGAGAGAGAGAGAGAGAGAGAGAGAGAGAGAGAGAGAGAGAGAGAGAGAGACGGAGAGAGAGACGGAGAGAGAGACGGAGAGAGAGAGAGAGAGAGACGGAGAGAGAGAGAGAGAGAGAGAGAGAGAGAGAGAGAGAGAGAGAGAGAGAGAGAGAGAGAGAGAGAGAGAGAGAGAGAGAGACGGAGAGAGAGAGAGAGAGAGAGAGAGAGAGAGAGAGAGAGAGAGAGAGAGAGAGAGAGAGAGAGAGAGAGAGAGAGAGAGAGAGAGAGAGAGAGAGAGAGAGAGAGAGAGAGAGAGAGAGAGAGAGAGAGAGAGAGAGAGAGAGCUGGCAACCUGUUCCGUGGGCUGCAUAUCUUAUACAUGAAAAAGUCACCAACCUCGCUACAUGUGUAA